AUGCCUACAAAGCCAAUUAAAAAAUUUCAAGGUCCAAGCCUUUAUAAAAUGUUUGUUGAUGCUUAUAUGAAAGCUCGACCUGAUGAAAAAAAAGCUACAAAACAUCGUGGUGCUAUAGCUGAAUUUAAUGAAAUAAAAUUGGAUGAAGAAUAUCUUAAAGAAAAAAUCGAAGAAUAUUUAGAAAUAUAUAAUAAACUUAGUGCAACUAAUAAUCAAGAUUGUGAAUAUCAACCAAACGUUAAUCGUAGUCGAGUAUUAAAAAGAAAUAGAACAGAUCAAUCAAAUGAAACAACAAAUCAAGAUAAUGAUGAAAAUAAUAAUGAUGAUGAAGAAUCGAAUGAUUGUGACUAUUUUGAUAAAAAUGAAAAUGAUCAAAAUCAUACUGAUUAUGAUGAUGAUGAGUUAUAUGAUGAAGAUGAUCAAGAAAAAACUAAAAAGAAUAAUAAGAAACCGAAUAAUAAUAAUAAUAUUAAAAAACGUAAAUUAAUUGAUGAAGAAUUGCUUAAAGAUCCGCAUGGAUUACCAUGUGUACGUGGUGUUCCAUUAGUACCAUUAUCAGCAGACACAAGACAACCGGCACAACAACGUGCUUUUAGAGAAUUAAGUGCAAUUAAUGAUCGAAUUGCUUCAUUAAUACAAGUGAAACAAAUGGGUUUAUUAACACCAGAAAAUCGAAAUCAAUUAAAACAAUUAAUGCAAGAUAGAAAAACAAAACAUUUUGAAUUAAAACGUCUUCAAUCGAAACAAAGAGCUUCAAAUAGAUAUAGAGAUAAACGACGAAAAAUUGUUGAAUAUUUAUAUGAAACAAAGCCUGAAUUACAUCCACAAUUAAAAAAAAUUUAUCGUCCUGGUGGUGGUCGACCACGAAUUGAAGAACAAUGUCCUGAAUUAUUACAAAUAAUUGAAGAAAUUGCAAAAGUUGACGGAGCAAGUGAUGAUCGUAGACGAUCAGAAACUAUUCGACCUUGUUUAACAUUAGAUGAUUUAAGAGAAAAACUUAAACAAAGAGGUUAUGAUAUUAAAAGAACAACACUUUAUUAUCGUCUGUUACCUCAUCGUGCAAAAUCAAGAGACGGUCGUCGUCACGUAAAUACAGCUCCAGUUCGUCUUCGUCGUGCUCAAAAUGAUGAUCAUGGCAAACAUGAAGAUGGUCAUUUUGCUACAGCAACAAUACGUUAUAUGAAAGAUUUAGCUUCAAUAUUUGGCAAUGAUUGUGUUUUAUAUUUAUCUCAAGAUGAUAAAUGUAAAGUUCCAAUAGGUUUACCUGCCGCUAGAGUUCAAGCACCAAUGUUAAUGCAUUUGGAUUAUCGAAUAAGUUUACCAGAUCAUGAUUGGGUAGUUGCACCUCGACAUCAAUUAACACCAAGUGUAUAUGCAGCAUGUUUUCUAUCUGAAGAUGGAGAUUUAGGUUAUUCAGGUCCAACAUAUAUAGCUAUACGUUCAGCUAAACAUGAGAUAUCAUGUGCUGAAUCUCAUGCAAAGGAUUUUGAUCGUCUUGUUUGUUUAAAAGAAUUUGAAAAAAUAGCACGUGAUGAAACUGGACAAGUGAAACCAAUUGUUAUUGUUGCUGUUGAUGGUGGUCCUGAUGAAAAUCCACGUUUUCCAAAAACACUUGUUGCAAGUAUUAGAAAAUUUAAAAAAUAUAAUUUAGAUGCACUUUUUGUUUUGACACAUGCUCCUGGCCAAUCAGCUUAUAAUAUAGUUGAACAUCGUAUGGCUCCAUUAUCUCAUGAUUUAGCUGGUCUUAUAUUACCACAUGAUCAUUUUGGUUCACAUUUAAAUGAUUCAGGUGUAACAAUAAAUAUCGAUUUAGAAAAAUUAAAUUUUCGUAAAGCUGGACAAAUCUUAGCUGAAACAUGGAAUCAAUCUGUUAUCGAUGGAUUUCCAUGUGUUGCAGAAUAUAUUAAUCCACCAGUAACAUCUGCAGAUGAACGUAGACUAGUUGAUACAAAAAUUGUUAUGGAUGAAAUUUUACGAAGAGUUUGUGGUGAAGAAGAAGCAGAAGAAGGACAUGAAUUUCGUGUUCAUGCAUCAGAUGAAUAUUAUCAAGAAAUUGCUCGUCCACCAAGAGCUCACUUUGGUGAACAACCCAAAUAUGAUAUUGAUGAAUAUUGGUGUGCUAUGCAUGUUUUACAAACACAAUAUACUUUACAAAUUAUUCGUUGUAAUUCAGUUGAAUGUUGUGGUCCAUGGCGUUCAAAUUAUGUUCGAGUAUUUCCUCAUCGAUUUCUACCAGCACCUGUACCAUUUGAACGUACACCAUAUGGUGUUAGAAUGGCUGAGAAAGAUUAUCAAAAAGGACAAUUUUAUGGAUCAUUAUUUCAACGAAUUCAAUUUCAUGGCAUUGUUAUUCAACAUACACAGAAUGAAAUGCUACCAUUUGAUUACUGUUGUUCAUCAGUAAAAAAGGAAUUAAAAAAACGUACGUGUAAAGUAUGUAAUCAAUAUAUUCCGUCAGCAUAUCGUAUGAAAAAUCAUUAUAAAAUUCAUGCACAACAUCAGGAAGAUUUCGACCAUAAUGAAGAUGAUACAUUACCACCACCGCCACCACCAGCAGAAACAACUGAUAUAAUAACAGAUUCAAAUGAAAAUCAAUCAAUAACAACAGGUGGAGUAGCAUCUACACUUAAAACAGAAAUGUUAGAUUGGCUUCAAUCAGAUUUCGAUGAUGGUAAUUUGGAUCCAGCAGCAGAUCAACUUGCAAGUGAUCGUGUUACACGUUCGAUGAAAAAAUUACGUGUUGAAGAAAACAAAGAUGAACAUGACAAUAAAGAUUUUGUGCAUGUAGAAUAA